AUGAUAUUAAGCUUCUACGAAAACCGAUGGAAACUUAUUGGUUGUGGUUUUGUACAAUUCAUUGUUAAACAAAAUGCUGCUAAAGCAAUUGCCCACACCAGUGGCAAAGACUUUUGUGGUCGAUCUAUUGUUGUUGAUUGGGCUAUUCCAAAAAAUAAGUAUGAAACUAUUCAUACUACCAAAGAAAAAGAAGAAAAUAUCUCUGUUAAAGAAGAAAAUGUUGAAGAGGCUAUAGUUGAAGACCAAGAAGAAAUUAAAAGAGAUUUAUCUAAUGAUCAAGAUAAUAUAGAAGAACGUUCCAAAACCGUUGAAGAUUAUCUUACUCUUGACACAAUAAAAGAUGAGGAAGACAAUUUGGUAGAUUUUGAGACUUCAGAUAUUGAAAAUGAUGUUAAAAGAAAAAGAGAAAAUACUGAAGACAACGAGUCUGUAAUUUCUACAUCAGACAAAAAACGUUUUAAAUCUCAUGAUGUUAAAGAAGGUUUAACAGUUUUUUUUAAGAAUGUUUCAUUUAGUGUUAACAACGAUGAACUGAAGCGAUUUGUUAAAGAACGAUUUGGACCAAUUUAUUAUGCACUUGUUUGUGUGGAUCGCUUAACGGAACAUUCUAAAGGAACAGCAUUUGUAAAAUUCAGGGAUUCUAGCAGCGUAGAAGCUUGUAUGUCUAGUUCUCCUGAAGAGCUUACUCUUAAUGGAUCUACAAUGGAACCGCAAAUGGCAAUCGAUAAAGAAGUUCUAGAUAGAAAUAAAGAUGACAAAGUUACCCAUAAGGAUAACAGGAAUUUGUAUUUAAUCAAAGAAGGAGUCAUAAUUGUCGGUACAGCAGCUGCAAAUGGUGUAUCUGUUCAUGAUAUGAAAAAGAGACUUGAGUUGGAACAAUGGAAAUCUCAAGUUCUAAAAAAUUUAAACAUGUUUGUGGCUCGUAAUCGACUUAUUAUUCACAACUUGCCAGCAAACAUGGAUAAUAAAACCUUAAAAGAUCUAUUUACAAAACAUACUCGUCCCAAUGCUGUAUUGAAAGUUGUUGUUAUGAGAAAUUUAAAAGAAGUUGAUCCCAAUGGAGUAGCAAUUUCAAAAGAAUAUGCUUUUGUAACAUUCAAGGAACAUGAAGAUGCUUUGAAGGCGCUCAGAUCCAUCAAUAACAACCCAAAGAUAUUCAAUUCGAAUAAAAGACCAAUAGUAGCAUUUUCUAUUGAAAAUAGGCUCGUUUUACAAGCUAGACAACGAAGAAUAGACAAAAGUAAAACUAGCAAUCCAUUAUUUAACAAACAGCAACCAAGUACUUCAUCAACUGUUGAGAAUAAAAAUAAAAAAUUUAGUACAGAUAAUAAUAACAAAAAUACAAAAUUCAAUGCAGAAAAUAAUAACAAAAAUAAAAAAUUUAAUGGAGAAAAUAAUAACAAAAACAAUAGAAGUACAGCGUUAUCGAGAAAGAAAAUAGCAGAACUCCCCAAAUAUGCUGGUAUAACAGCAAAGGAGGGGCACAUGGCAAUUCGAUCAAAGUUCAAACUUAAGGUUCAAUCAGAAGCUCACCAGAAGAAUGUCAAAACCAAGAAGAAAGUUACCACGAAAAAGAAACGCGAUUUAGCCAUCAGAAACGAGAAGAAGAGAGAACCAAAAGUGAAGAGCCAAAAGAAGAAUACUAAAAAUGAUGCAUCAUUUUCAAAACUAGUUAACAAAUAUAAAAAUAAAAUUUCGGCUCCGGAAACAUUGAAAAAAUGGUAUGAAGCAUAA